GGAAGUUAAAUCCACAGAACGCGUGCAAUCAUGGUGCGAACUACGCGUGCAGUCAUGGUGCGAACCAGGAGUUCAGCUCGCCUGAGAUCAAGCGAGGAAACCGUCCUGACCAAAGCUCCUGCUGUUUUGGUCACAAGCCAUCAGAUAACCCCAGAGGGCCCUGCACAAGCAGAGGACGCCACUCACCAUACCCUGAUACAAAGCUGUGAUUCAGAAGAAGCUCCAUCUUCUGUCUCCUCAAACAAGAAAUGUUUUACUCCCGCCUGCCCUGUUGUUCAAAUUGAGGGAGACUCAAGCUCCUCCACUGUGUCCCGUGGGACUAGAAGACAUAAUGCAAGAACGAAGACAGUUGCCAGCAGUUCUACUCCUUCUAUUUACCAGAGAGUCACCAGGAGUCGCUCUCGAACCCAAGAAAAAAACAAGAUGGAGUCUUCAGGUGAAAACAGCAGUCUCCCAGAGAAGCUGGAAGAUUGCCACAGAUCAACUAGAUCCAGAAAAAAGCUUUUUGACCCCAUUGAUGAAUUGGCAGAAGAGCUGACAGACAGCAGUUUGUGCGCCACCCAAGGCGGCGGGACUCCCUGCAGCAGUCGCACAGGAUCAGGGUACAGCAGCUGUGGCCCUCCAUCCACAAGUAGCUCAAUCAGGAGCAUCACAGUUGUUUACAAAGAAGAUGCUGUAGAACCACUCAAAGAGGACGAAGCCCGCAACUGUUCCUCCACAGAUUGCACAUUGAGCCAGAUGUCUGAAGGAGAAGUCAUAGACGUCACUCUUUCUGAUCCAGACAAAAAAUGUAAAGAAAAUUUGACAUCAGAAGAUUACUCACAUUUAACAUCUGCAGCGUCUGAUGAUCCAGCUUGCCUCAAAGAAGCUCCUAAUGAGCUUGCAAUUUUAAGGGAAGACCAGCAGGUGGAGCCACCUGCUGAAUAUGAAGGCAAUGACACCUCAAAGAUGAAAAGAGAGGAAGUCCACUGUUCAUCUGCACCAUCACAACCUUCACAGUCUGUGAGUACAACAAUACAUGAAAAGCCCUCUGAAAUGACUGUGGACAUGGACGAAAAGCUGCAGGAUGUGGAUGUAACGGACGUGGAAGCCCACACAUCUCAGAGCAUCAGGCCUCUUCAUGAGGCUGCAGAUGUUCAAAUCAAGCCCAGUGUGGCCAUCACCACCUUUACAGGAGACUCUCAGAAGGUGGUUGAGGAUGAUGCAGCUGAAUCUCUGGCUAAAAAGCGGAAGACCAUCAGUCUGCUGGACAGCAGUGAUGAAGAUGAGGAAUCUGAUGAGGAAGACAAAGAACAGUUGGAAGUAUCUGAAGCGGAGAGGGCCAAAUCUACCAAAAUAUCUGCUGCAUGUAUUGAUGGACUGUUUGUGAUUGACACGCGACCUGGGAAUGAUGUAGAUGAUCAGUACUACAAAGAAGGACGUGAGGGAGAAGAGGCAGGUGCAAGUAAAGAAGUUGCGGAAGAAGAGUUUGUAGACGAGGAGGAGGAGGAUGAAGAUGAAAAGGCACUCACUCUGUUCUCAAGGAGAGAUUCAGAUGUGAAACACUUGUCCAGCAGUAUCGACCCUGGAAUCAAAGUCAAAGAUUUUGGUGGACUACGCAUCACUUUUGAUGGCGGCUCAUCCAAAUCCAGCCACACUUCACAAAAACAGAAAGAGAAGAAGAUCUACGAUGAUGUGAUGAAGAAGAGUGUGAUUGGACCAGAUUUUGAAAAGACGGAUGCCGUGUCUCCAUACCGUGAAUCUAAAAAAGCUUUGAGGUUGAAACGCAAAGAGGAAAGGGAGAAGACAACAGGAGAGGCUUGGUUCAACAUGAAGUCUCCAGAGCUCACUCAGGAACUGAAAGGAGACCUCCAAGUCUUGAAGAUGAGAGGCGCUCUGGAUCCAAAGAGGUUCUACAAGAAGAACGACAUGGACCGCUUUCCGAAAUUUGUCCAGCUUGCCACUGUGGAGGACGACGCUAUACACCAUCAUUCCCGUGUCCCCAAAAAGUACAGGAAGUCUACAAUGGUGGAGGAGCUUCUGGCUGAUGCUGACUUCAGACAAAGCAACAAAAAGAAGUACCAGCACAUUCUUUCAGAGCGAGCGGUUUCCUGCAGGAAAAAAAAGAAUCGCUAGGUGUUGAUUCAACUUUGUACGACUUUCUCAUCUUGUAUAUCCCCUUCUGAUCUAAAUUCAGUGCAGAAUCAUUGAUGACAAUAAGUGCAAACGUAACAUAUCUGAAUACUUUUUUUUUUUUUUUUUUUACAGGAAAGAUGGAGCCAGCUUUCAAAAAAGAAAAGAAAAACAGUUGUCAAAAUAGAACCAAUAAUAAUAAAAUGGAACCAGAGGAUAUCAGCCUGAGACUCACUACUUCAGAAUGAAACACAAAACGAUAGUUUCAGCAAACAUUUGUUGCAAAUUUUGAUUCCAGGAACUCAAAAUGAAAGCUGUAAGGCCUUCUUUUCUUUGUUUGAAACAAUCUGGAUUGAUCCUUUGAAUCGGAAAUGUAAGGAGAACUUGUGUGAAAAAGCAAAAAAAAGGGUUACUUUUUUUUCUUUCUAUUUUGACAACUGUUUUUCUUUUCUUUUUUGAAAACAAAAUGCAAAUGACUAAAGUAAUUUAACAGUAUGCUAUAUAAUUUUUUUUUUUUUUUUUUAACAGUCUGAACAUGUGAAAACGACGAGUAUAAGAUAAUGACAUGAACACUUACCCUGGCUUUCCUCUGGACAGAGAUCAAUAUAGGUUGUUUGUGAUAGCUAAUUGGACCCCUGCUCCACAUGUAGUCGGUCUACUCAGUGCAGUCAAUAAAAAGAUGUGAAACUUGUUCACCGAAAAAAAAAAAACCCAAAAAAACCAAGGCCUAUAUUUUGUUAUUUGCGUAAUUCGAAACUAGUCUGUGCAUAGAGCUACAUUUUUUUUUCCAGCAGUGGUAAAAGAUGUAGUUUUACUCCUGCGGCUCCUUAACAUACUGUAAAAUGUAUGAAAUUACUGUGAGGUGCAGGAGACCUCACCGUCAGCAGCAUUCACAGAGCCCUCUUUGAGAAAUGUCUUCUGUAAUGAGAAUCACAUAGUGUCUUCGUUCGUGGUCUCAGUAAAUCUGUGUCCGCCUCUUUUGUUCAGGAUUGCUUGAGUUCCUCUCAAAUGUCAGUCUCUUCUAGCUCCUGGCUCCCUCUCUGCGCUUCCUUCUUGUUUCUUUUUUUGCUGUGAGAGAUGAUUCCUCUCUUUAAAAUGCAGCACAGAGGAUAGAUGAGAGGGCCUGUGCUGCUAUGCUGUAAGUUUCCUGUCUCCUCAGAGGACCAAGCACAAAUGUGACCUAGCAUGCUUUGAAGAACCAAAAUUUAAUUGAUGUUAUUUUAAAUUUACAUAAAUAAAGAUGUGUUUGCUCAUUUGAAAAUGAGAAAACUUGAAGAUGAGUGCAAGUGUUUGUGCAUGUGUUUACACAGAUGACACAAGGCACAUUGACAGCAACAGAAUGAUCAUUUUCAAAUAUGCUUUAUUGCAACUAGUGAAGUUGCCCAUGAAAUGCAUUGAUAAGGUAUUGGUCAAAGGUCAAAGGUCAGGACGUGGUCUCCGCAAGCUUUGUGUGUCUGCAAAAUCCUUUGGACCCGGUUGUGGAUCUGCUCCCCAUAGGAUGGGCUGUGAUGGAGUCUGAGGAGCAAAAAUAAUCCCAUUAACAUGAAGCUUUACAGGCUGUGUUCAUCCUACGUUGACAUUUUCACUGUUGCUGUGUCAGCAUGGCCCAUUUAUGGAAGAAUCAACGCUGCCAUCUGCAACUCUGGUGCACACCAAGCAAACUGAGUCCACUCCAGAGUACACAUUUUUGGCCAAUAGGAGGACAAAACUGAACUUCGUAACUUUGAGGAGGGUAAAUGGGCUGUUGUUCAUUUACACACAUACAACAUGUAAAGUGGCAAAAAAUGAAUUUGGAAAAAAAAAAAUCACAGAAAAAAACAAAAAUUAGAGUUAAAAAACAA